AGGUAGCAAGCAGGAGAAUCAGAAUUCCAUGGAGCCACCUAUAUUGUCAGUGGAAAAACAGCAAGAGUAAAGCAGGAAAAGAAAGAUUAUACACCCCAAAAGGGGAAAAAGGCAAGGGAAGCCAGCCAACAACAGGGGGAAAUAUAUCUCCAUAUUCUCUGACUCCUGAUGUUUGUGACCACCCGGGUUUCCAAAAAGAAAUAAAAAAACAAGACAAAGAAAGGAGAAAGUCUCAUCAGAAUAAAUCCAUUCAAAUGUACCUCAUAUUUGUACAAAACUAGAGUAGCCACAUGAAAAAUCUAACUAAUUAUACGCAGGAGAAACCACAUAAAUGCUUGGAAUGACUGGGAAGGAAUCAUAUAAAUGCAUAGAAUGUGAAAAGAACUUUAGUUCCAGAAGGACCCUCAGUAAACAUCACAGAAUCCACACUGGGGAGAAACCAUAUAAAUGCAUGGAAUGUGGAAAGAGCUUCUGUGACAGCAGUAACUUCAGUAGGCAUCAAAGAACUCACACUAGAGAAAAACCAUAUAAAUGCAUGGAAUGUGGAAAGAGCUUCUGUGACAGCAGUAGCCUCAGUUCACAUCAAAGAACUCAUACAGGGGAGAAACCCUAUAAAUGCAUGGAAUGUGAAAAGAGCUUUACUUCCAGCAGUAUCCUCAGUAGGCAUCAAAGAACCCACACUGGGGACAAACCAUACAAAUGCAUGGAAUGUGGAAAGAGCUUCAGUGACAGCAGUAACCUCAGUUCCCAUGAGAUAACUCACACAGGGGAGAAACCUUACAUAUGCAAGGACUGUGGAAAGAGCUUCAGUCACAGGAGUCACCUCAGUACACAUCAAAGAACUCACACUGGAGAUAAACCAUAUGAAUGCAUGAAAUGUGGAAAGAGCUUCAGUGACAGCAGUAACCUCAGUUCCCAUGAAAGAACUCACACAGGGGAGAAGCCCUAUAAAUGCAAGGAUUGUGGAAAGAGUUUCAGGCAGAGCAGUCACCUCAGUACACAUCAAAGAACUCACACAGGGGAGAAACCAUAUGAAUGUGUGGAAUGUGGAAAGAGCUUCUGUGACUUCAGUAACCUCAGUUCACACCAAAGAACUCACACAGGGGAGAAACCAUAUAAAUAAAUUCAAUGAGGAAAGAGGUUCAUCCUCAGGGGUCAGUAGACAUGAAGAACUCACAGAGGGGAAAAACCAUAUACAGUGGUGCCUCGCUUAACGACGAUAAUCGGUUCCAGGAAA